AUGGCGGUGGAGGGGAUCGCCCGCUUUUUCCGGAACAGCCUCCGGCGGAGAUCGACCCGCAGAGACGAAGCCCAGGAUGUUCUUCCUACAGAAAGCAGAAUUGACGCUUGUAGGAGGCCAGGAGAUAGAUCCAGCUUCCCUUAUUCGGCAGGACAGCUGUUUUUUGAGUAUUUAGUUGUGGUGUCGCUUAAAAAGAACUCUGGGGGAAAUUAUGAGCCCAAGAUUACUUACCAGUUUCCCAAGCGUGAAAACUUGCUGAGGGGACAGCGUGAAGAGGAAGAGAGACUGCUGCAGGCCAUCCCUCUGUUCUGCUUCCCUGAUGGUAAUGAAUGGGCACCACUCACGGUGUAUACCAGUGAAACAUUCUCUUUUGUCCUCACCAAUGUGGAUGGGAGUAGAAAGAUUGGCUACUGCAGGCGACUAUUGCCAGCUGGACGAGGCGCUCGUCUCCCAGAAGUUUACUGUAUUAUAAGCUGCCUGGGUUGCUUCGGCCUGUUCGCAAAGAUUUUGGAUGAGGUCGAGAAGAGGCGGCAGAUCUCUACAGCCGUCGUCUAUCCCUUUAUGCAGGGCCUGCGGGAAUCCCCCUUUCCAGCACCUGGGAAAACAGUCACCAUUAAGAGCUUCAUCCCUGACUCGGGGACAGAGCUCCUUGAACUAACCCGGCCCCUGGAUUCUCGACUGGAACAUGUGGAAUUUCAGGCACUUCUGCAGUGCCUCAGUCCUGAGAAGAUCCUCCAGAUAUUUGCUUCUGCAGCUCUGGAGCGACGGAUAGUCUUCCUGGCAGAAGACCUCAGUUCCCUCUCCAAGGGCAUCCACGCAGCAGCUGCUCUUCUUUAUCCCUUUACCUGGGCCCAUACAUACAUCCCAGUGGUUCCAGAGCAGCUCCUGUGCACCGUCUGCUGCCCCACACCCUUCAUGGUUGGCGUCCAAAAGCGCUAUCUGGAAGAGAUUCUGGAUCAACCCAUGGAAGAGGUGCUACUUGUUGAUCUAUGUGAAGGCAAGUUCUUGAAAUUGGUUGGUGAUGAAGACGAAAUUUUGCCUGGCAAGCUGCAGAGUGAGAUGCUGGCCUCUCUGCCAACAAUUAACAACAACAUAAAGACAUCUGAGGAGCUCAAUGCACAUGUUUCAGAUGCUUUUGUACAGUUCUUUGUCAAAACUAUUGGCCAUUACCCAGCACACAUCAAAUGGAACAGAAGUGGUCAAGGCUGCUUCCAGGAGCGGACGUUCUGCAAGGCCCCUACCUCCAAGACCUGCCGCAGGUUUCUGAAAAGAUUUGUGAAGACUCAGAUGUUCUCAUUAUUUAUUCAAGAAGCAGAAAGGAGCAGAAAGUGUGUAGAAGGGUAUUUUCAACAGAAAUUAAAUGAAUAUCAAGAACAAAAGAAGCUAAGACGACUCUCCUGAAUCCAUGUUCUACAUAUGAGGUACGCGGGCCACCAGAUAGGCAAGCCUGUACCUACAGCCAUCAUCUGUUCAGAUCAAGACAACAGCUGCCUAAGGGCAGGAGCACCUU